CAGAUAUACAUAAUAUAUUUAUUAUUUACAAAAACAAUAACACAAUGGAUCAUUCCGCGUGUUUUGUGGCAGUGUGUGUUCUGGUUUUAUUGCUGGGUCUUCGGAUUGAAGUAGUGGUUUGCCAGCAUUACUACCACCUCCGACCCGUUCCAAGUGACAAUCUACCCAUUGUGGAGCUUAUUGAGCACCCGGACCCUGUAUUUGACCCUAAAGAACGCGACAUCAAUGAGACCGAGCUGAGAAGUGUAUUGGGCAGUAACUUUGACCCGCACUACAUGUCAGUUUCCCCUCCUGAGGACCGAUACGCAGCAAACGAUGAGCUAUCUGAUCAGGACCCGCUCCUCAGGCAAAAGCCCACGGGGGCGAUGCCCAGGGACAUCAAGACUAUGGAAUUUUUUGACAUGCUGCAUGGCAAGAAGCAGAAACCGAGCAAAAAACUGAGAAGAAAGCUGCAACUGUGGUUGUGGUCCUACACGUCGUGCCCAGUUGUUUAUUCCUGGAACGAUCUUGGGAACAGAUUCUGGCCGCGCUAUGUGAAAGCGGGUAGCUGCUACAGUAAAAGAUCUUGUUCAGUUCCAGAAGGGAUGGUUUGCAAACCUGCCAAGACUGCCCAUUUUACGAUCUUGAGAUGGAGGUGCCUGCAGCGAAAGGGAGCACAGAAGUGCAAUUGGAUACCAGUUCAGUAUCCCGUUAUAUCCGAAUGCAAAUGCUCCUGCUCGAACUGAAGUGAACUUGUUAAUAGCGACAUGGAUAUUUUUUUAUAUGCACUGCCAAGUGUAGGAAGGAAUGUAUAUUAUAUGUAUAUGUGGUGCCAUUGAAAUAAUAUACCUGUAAAAAGGUCAGUAUUAUGCAUAAAAUAACCAGCGUCUACUGUAUUUGGGGGGGGGGAUGUCCUGGUUGUAAUGCAUCGUUAUAUUUAUAUUGAGAGCACUUCGCAUUGCGAAGCAUUAAAAUAAAAAAUAAAACAACACGUUUAUUGAAGAACUUUAAAGCUGUUUCCAUUCUACGGAAAGUGUGGUUUUAUGGACCUCAGUCGAAAAUAUAUAGAUUACAAUGUAAUUCAGCAGCUGCAAUAUAGCUGCAAAUAUAGUGGGAACAUUUGAAUGAUUAAUCCUGUAAAUUAAGAGUAACUGCUAUUUAUUCUUUAUAUUCCUGUAGUAAAACGUCAGUAAAGAAGUAAACCACUAA